AUUAGUUUUGGGAUCAUUUGUUUUUUGUUGUAGUUGUUUCCAUAGAGAUGGUCUUUCUCUUGGAACUUCAUUUUUGAAGGAGAGUGAGAGAAAGCAAGAGAAAGAGUUAGGAAAUGAAAGAAGUUUUGGGAAUAUAUAUUUUGUUGACAGGAUGGAGGGAGGCUCAGCAGCUUAACCCAAAUAAUAGAAGUAUCGAACCCCCGGUCACUAUCAUCAGAUGGGCAAAACCUUCGAGAGGCAGACUCAAGUGUAAUAUUGACACAUCCUUUUCACAUAACAAAGUGGGUAUCGGUGCUUGCGUUAGAGAUCAUGCAAGUCAGUUUAUUGUAGCCCGAACUGAUUGGUUUUCGCCUUGUACGGAUGUUGCUAUUGGGGAAGCUCUUGGUCUUUUUAAAACCUUAAAGUGGGUUCAUGAGCUGGGUUUUGACAAUAUGGAUUUCGAGUUGGACGCAAAGCGCGUUGUGGAUAAUGUGACUAAUCCGAAACCAAAUGAUUCGGACUUUGGUGCUAUUACUGGCGAGUGUAAUCGGUUGAUGGCUCUUUUAUUUAGGAACUCUCAUGUUAAGUUCGUUAGAAGACAAGCUAAUGAAGUGGCUCAUGCUCUGGCGCGGGUGGCUCCAUCUUUUGCUAGUUUUCAUAAUUUCCUUGAAAUUCCAACAUGUAUUCAGAAUAUUGUUAUUAAUGAAAUGAAUUAAUCUUUU